CUACCACCACUAUCACCACCACCACCACCACCACCACCACUACACCUGAUCACCACCACCACCACCACAACCUCGUUUGUCUUUUCUCCUCUCCCUCCCUCUCUAUCCUACUACUAUGUCAAAUAAUGCUCCUCCUGGCUCCGGUGGCGGGGGUCCUCCAAUCUCCUAUCCUGCACCGCCGCCUUCUUUCUCGUCCAUGCCCCGACGCUCGUCCUAUGCUUCUGUUGUCUCUGGCACCGCUGCUCUAGCCAACUCCACCCCAUCCAAUACUAGCAAUAUACCGACGGCCGCCAAUACAACCUCCUCCUCCUCCCUAGAUCCAGCUUCCUCCCAAAACCUUCUCCAACACCAGCAGCAGCAACUCUUCCAACUACUGCAAAUACAACAACAGCAACAGCAACAGCAACAUAAUCCUCGACAACAUCAGCAACAUCCGUCGGCCUGGUCAGGUCCGCAUCCUCCGUCUUUCCUCUCUUCUUCUUCAGCAUCCGGCGCUACUCCAAGUAACUCUUUCCCCCCGCACUACAUUCCUCCCGAUUCUCGAGCACAUAGCAGUGGCAGACACGUCUGGGUGGACAGUAGUGUCGCCCAUAACAGCAACAUGCAGCCAAACGGUGCCAGUGGCGGGGGAGGAGGCGGAGGAGGAGGGGCUGCAGGAAGCCCAUGGAGGAGAUCUCUCCCUCCCAACAGCACAAGCACAAAUCCUGCAACUACAUCCGGUCUCCCCUUUUACUCGCGGCAAUUCGCAACCUAUCCAGACCACUACUCCCCGUCUCCUUCGCCAUACACAGGUUUCCUGCACGGUCCCUCCUCCUCCCCUGCUACCUCCUUCUUCACCCCCUCAUAUCUCAGAAACUCCAAAUACAUCGCGCAGCUCGCCGCAGCACAUAGAUCCAACACCUUCAACGCCGCCACAUCCUCCUCCUCCUCAGCCGCAAUAUCAUCUACUCAAAAGGACUCCGCUUCAAACCACUCCUCAGCCUCCACCUCCUCAAACACCGCCGCCACCGCGAAUAAUGCUGCCCGCGCUACAAAUACCAAUACCAGCUCCAACACCACACCAGGUGCGCCCCCACUCUCCACCAACUCCAGUAAUGUAAACCUCCACCGCCUCGCCCCAUCCCACCGCGGCAUGACCCACGAGAUCAUCGAGCACCCCCCCUCAUCAUCAGACGAUGAGAGCACCCCCAUCAUGCCCCUUCCCUCCCGCUGGAGUGAUCAGUAUAAAAACGCAGGCCUGGACCUGCUGAGCGAUGGCCUGGAGGUGCGGUACUUGGGCAACCCUCUUAAGCUUGAUCAUGAAGCUGCGUCGUGUCGGGCAGACCAUCCAAUGCCGCCGCAGUGCGGCAUUUAUUACUUUGAGGUUACCAUCAUGUCGAAGCCGAAGGAUGGGAUGAUAUGCGUGGGCUUCACGAGCAACAAAGCAUCUCUCGAACGAUUACCGGGCUGGGAGCCGGAAUCCUGGGCUUACCACGGCGACGAUGGCAGGACUUUCUUCGGCGAGACGCAGGGUCAGGGUACGCAGUAUGGGCCCAAAUAUUCGGUGAAUGAUACCAUUGGCUGCGGGGUGAAUUUCUCGACGAGUACUGCUUUUUUCACGAGGAAUGGGGUGUUUCUUGGUGAUGCGUUCCGGGAACUGAGGAAUGUGAAGCUAUAUCCUGCCGUUGGGGUGAAGAAGCAACCCACCACGCAUCUAAAGGCGAAUUUUGGCCAGUCUCCUUUUAUCUAUGAUAUUGAUGGGCUGAUGGAGAGGGAGAAACUCAAAGUUCAAGCGGACAUAAGGGCUACUAGUAUUUCUAAUUUGCAUUCGUCCCUCGACGAGACGACGUUUAUCCAGGAACUCGUGGCUCAAUUUUUGGCGCAUGGUGGCUAUGUAGAGACCGCACGAGUAUUUGCUGAAGAGGUCCAGGAGGAGUCGCGGGCUUUGCAGAAUGGGCGAGAGACGCCGUUAAAGGAUUAUCAGGCUGAGGAGGAUGGUGAUGCUAUUAAACGACAAAGAAUCCGUACUGCCAUUUUGGACGGCGAUAUCGACAAGGCUUUAAAAUUAACAAAUGCCUCGUACGCCGACGUCCUCGUCAACAAUCCGCAGAUAUACUUCCGCCUCCGCUGUCGGAAAUUCAUCGAGAUGAUGCGCCGUUGCACUGAACCACAACCUACUACUUCCUCGACGUCCAAACAGGCGCCCCGCUCACCCAAUGGCGCUACCUCUAUGUCAGUAUAUGAUACUAGCGAUGAUGUCUUCGCGCACGAUAUGGAAUUAGACGAGCAGAUGAACGAUGUCAUCGACGAUGACGACGAAGACGAUAAUGGUUCUUUAGAAGCCGGUGGGAGACAUGACGAUCGUGAUGAUAAUGACGACCAAGCCCUGGACGACGACGACGACGACGACGAAAACGGCAUGGACGUCGAAGAAUCAGCCGAGUACAACGGCACCCCGCGCACAACGACACAGCCACAGGCGGCAAACGUAGCAAACUACCACGGCCUCCUCCACAAAGCGAUCUUAUACGGCCAGGAGCUGCAGGCUGAUUACCCCGGCGACGAGCGGCGGGAGUAUAAGCGGGCGCUGGACGAUAUAUUUUCACUAGUCGCCUACUCGAAUCCCAAGUCGAGCGUGCACGGGCAUCUGCUUGAGCCGAGCGGGCGCGUGCCGGUGGCGGAGGAGUUGAAUUCUGCGAUUCUGGUAUUCCUUGGCAAAUCCUCAUCCGCCGCUCUAGAGAAGCUAUACCAACAGACAGAGGUGCUGGUAAAUGAGAUCAGCGAGGACGGCGGCGCUGGGGCGUUUAUUAAUGUGCGGCAUGAUUUUGUGAUAUAAAAAAGACCAUCAGCAGCCAGCAGCAACGACAAAACGACAAAAACGACGUUUGUAGCAUUUGCAGUAUGCAGUAUGCAGUAUACAGGACGGAGUAUUCUCUGAUGUAAUGGAGCACGAUGGGGGUGUGCGUGUGUUUAUUUUUAUUUUUAUUUUAUUUUUAUGUUCUUUUCCUCUCUUCCAUUAUUAUCCCAUUCCACAGGCUGUUCCUUUUCUUUUCUUUUCUUUUCUCUUUUUAUUCUUUUUAAUUUUCAAUUUUUUAGUUAUCCAUUUUUCCCAUUAUUAUGUUCCCUUAUUCAUCCCAUCUCUCUCCUCCAUCCCCUCCCCUCCCCCCCCCCCUCCCCUUGCCAUUCCCCCGCCUCCCACUC